UUCCAAAGGAUCGAUGUUUUUGUACAUUUUGUUGGGGCCGGCCGGAAACCUUCUUUUGUGGUCAGGUUGAGUACAGGAACUUUGAAGAAGAUGUUUAACUAAAUAAUGGAUGUCAUGGAUCAUGAACAAAAGAGAGGAGAAAGUACUAGCAAGAAUCUGAGGGUGCAUUUUGAUGUCCCUCCGACAAUUGAUCCCUCUAUUCAUCACCAACGUUCAGGCUCUACUCCAUCGUCUGGUUCUUCACUGGAUCUUGAUGCUAUUGAGAAUGUCCUCGACAGCCUCUCUUCUCAAGAAUCUAAAAAGUCUACCCUUGAGAUGCAAGAAGCAACAUCAUCUGCAGAUCAUUCUUCUCCUUCUCCUCCUGUUGGGAGCAACCAAAGUGGAUAUUCCCCACAAUCUGCUCCAAUUCAGGUGAUGCCCGGGCGAGCCGCGGGCUAUGAUCCGAAUCGAAUUCCGUCGUCAAUAUUCAGUACUUCUAAACCAACGACAGCUAUGGAUUGGAGUACCGCUUCGAAUGAAUCAUUGUUCAGUAUUCACAUUGGAAACAGCAGCUUCUCGAGAGAACAUUUUAUCAUGUUAAAUAGAUCUGGAGAGUUGCCGAGGACGGAUGAGUUAACCGGUCUUCCGACAACUCUUCCCAGUGUUUCUGAAACAGGAGAGGAUCAUAAAAGCGAGACUGCUAAUGCGGAAAAGGACGCUGAAGUAAUAGAAGGAUCAGAUCAAUCCGGGAAUGGAGCUUGGUGGGGCAGUUCUCCAAAUAAUAAUAAGGAAAAAACGAGUCCUAAGGACGUCGGCGCCCGUAACUAUAAUUCUACCUCUUACCGUUCUGAUGAGAGCAAUCACAGCGCCCACUCCUUUAAUUUCCCACUUUUGGCAGGUGAUCAUAGUGGAUUGAGUAGCCCUGCAACAUUGGACAUGGAAAAGCAGCACCUGCAGCAGCAAUUACCACCCCAAAACCCACAAAUCAUGACUUCAAAGCGUGGUUGGAACAAUAUGUUUUGUUGCUUCAGUUUUCGCUCUCGAUAUUGGGCAUGUUGA